AUUUCCCUCAUGGAUAGAGGAAAGAGAAAAAACCUUCCUUAAGUUUGUGAAGAGGAAAGAGGACCCAUUCUACAUCCAAUGGACAAAGUGAGAAAGUUCGAAACAUUCCCCAACUGUAUGAACACAAUGACCAAAUCUUCACAGCUCAAAAGAUGUUAAUCACACACACCUUCAACCACCUUCGUUAGACACAGGUACCUUCCAUGCUAUAUCAGCAUGACAUACAUUCGUUGGAUUUUACUUUACAAAUGAUGAGUCGGCCACUGAACCAGAGAAUACCGUUGGGAUUAUUUCAUAGGCUAUCGUGCUACAGUUCAUGACCGGAUACCAUGUGACCAAAUUAUUAUAAUUCAUUGGGAUUUACAUAUAUCUAUAUAUAUAUAUAUAUACAAAGUGGUGAAAUAUUUGUGAUUUUUUAUGAUUUUGUGGAGAAAUCCAGUCUUGUGGUAGACGUCAAGAAGAUAUUACAUAAUUAAUUCGUCGUAUUGAAGAAAGGAUUUCGUGAAUUUCAAAUGAUCUUCAUUAAGUGGAUGUGCAUGUAUUACUAUAGAUUUUACAACACGUGUUCACCAUCCAGUCAGUUAAAUGCACGUGCGUGUGCAAGGCGGUAUCACCUGGUGUGUAUUGAGCAAUGACCUCGCAUGUUACACAAUCUAUCCCCGGAGUAGACCACUUCACGACUUUGGCUUUCGUACUCUUGUGCCUGCUUACCCAUUUCCCCACCGGAACGAGUAUGUCGUAUAUGAACGGACACCCGGACGCACGUGAAGCCCUAAAGAAUGAGCGUUUUGAUUGGGAGCCUCGUGUAAACGAGGGGUCAGUUUUCAUCGCUAUUAAUGACGUCAUGCUGUUACAGAUAAAUUCUGACGGGACCAUCAACGGUACGAAGUGUCGGUCGUCCAGAUAUGCAAUGUUGGAGACUAGACCACAUUAUAUCGAUAAUAAAAUGGUCAUAGUUAUUAAAGGCAUUGAGACUCAGAUGUUUCUAUGCAUGAGUGGACUGGGGAAACUUUAUGCGUCACCAGAGAAUUCAUUUACAGAGAUGGAAUGCAGUUUCAAAUUUAACCAGCAGUGGAUUCAGAGCAAUGACUCUAGCUUUAACAAAACAGUGUUCCGUCUUUCACGAUUACGACACCAUAAGAAGCCAUUUUAUGUAGGACUUAACUGUGAUGGUCAACCCAUAGUAGCUAAAGACUGUAAGCAGCGAAGGCAAUUGAGGAAAUUCCUGUUAUUUAAUAUGGGCGACUUUAAACCGGAGGAAAAUUCGGGUAGCUGUGAAGGUAAACCAGUGCCAAAGUGCAAACCGAAACGGACGUAUUUAAAAUUCUGCAGGAAAGUGGUACGGAAUUUCUUUACGACAUCCGUGAGAGAACUGAAACAAUUUCGUAAGAGAAACUGUUUUAAACGUCUUGGACGAGAAAAAGACCGCUCUAGAAAAAUAGCUGAAAGGUGUAAUCUGGGGUCAAGGCGGAACAGAAGACGAACGCGGAGACGGCACCGGCGCCAUCCAACAUGAAACCUACUCUAAGGAUUCCUUGGACCCAGCCUACUGGUCAGUUCUCACGUGGACUGACCGAUGAUAAAAGGUGCUACUUCGGGCGGCGUUAGGAACGCCGAACACAAACCUUCUCGAUUAAUGUGAUCGUUCGUGUAAUGGCGUCACAUCCCGACGAAAUGUCGUUCAUUCGAGAGUUAGAAGCAAGCGGAGGAAACACACGUUAUUUUCGUGCAGACGUAAUUGAAUAUGUUCAACAAUGACAAACUAUUAUGGCGACACUUAAUCCUGUCCAUUAUUGUGCUCAUAUACGAUUUUGCGUCAUAAACAAUAAGCAGUGACGUCAUCAUUUUAAUGUCGCAAUCUGUCUCGUUCUCUCCCCCAGAACUUGUGGUGAUCAGACAGUGUUUAUUUAUAGUUAUUUAUUUGUAAUUUAUUCGAUUUUAUCAGGUAUGAACCGAACACAACAUUAAGUACGAAAUGUUCAUCCAUACAUUUCCAACACAAAUGUUGUAAUCUGUGAUUAAAAAUUCUUAUCCAAAAACACUCGCUUUACUGAAGAAUCGAUGAGGAAUGUUGGUCAUGAAAAACGUCACUUCCGGUGCCAUAAGUGUUCAAAACAUUUCAAUUUUGAUGAACAUGAUGAGAUUUAAAUUAUAUUUUUUGUCAUUCCUACAAUGUCAAAAAGAAAACACGCGAUUUGGCAUUCAUUUUUCAAACUAAACUAAAACACAAUCUGAAAACAAAUUCUGAAUAGUUUUGGCAUUGGACAUCGCUAUGACAUAGAUCAACGCUCUCUCAUUGGCCGUUUAUUAAAGAUAUUCCAGUUAAAGAAGCACCUGUGAUGAUGCAUGCCAUGAGUGACGUCAUAGUCCACGUCAUGACGUAUUAUGGCGUUUCCGAGCUACAUAAUUUGUAUGAUACUCAUAUUUUGAACGGAAGACAAUAAUAUUUUUUUCAUAAAUGUUCACUCGCUGGCUUUGUCAAACAUUGUUAUGAUUGUAGUGUUGUCCAAUUUGAUCAUCGCAUUUGUUUUCAUCACCUAAAUCAUUUCCUCAUACUUUUGAUUCCGUUUUUUCUCAGACGAAUGCCCAUUUCAUUGCCAACUUGUUAUUAAUGUAUAUAAAAUUGAACAGUUAUGAUCUGACGAAUCUGUAAUUGUUUCUUGAACAUGUGUUCGAUGAUUAUUGAACAUUUAAUAUUUCCAGUUUGAAAUAUUAUAUUCAAAUGCAGAUUAGUGGUAUGUGAAGCUAAUGGUCCCUUUUAGUUACCUACAGACUACAGUGGACAUUAAUGAUUUCGUCUGCUUUAAAUCACACGAUUCUUUGUCUCUAUUGGUGCUAUGUUGAUAUUUUCUGUUUAUUUUCCUUUCAAAUUCGAUAACGAGGUACUUUUCAAGUAUUUCUGAAAAAUGUGUAUACCUUUUUUUUGACAAUAGUCGAACAUCAGUCUGUUUACACUGGUAAAGAUAUAUUUUUUGCUAUAAGCAUAUACUACUGAAACGAGUCUGGCCUUAUGUCAGCAAAUUACACGUUGAUUCUGAUAUCGACUUCCGGUUCCGGUACAGAUGAAAUAAUAUACGUCCUAUCCUGUUGUGGAAAGUUCCGUCUAGAAAGCAUAAUCUUUUCUUGUUCGUUAUAAUUUAACAAACUUUUUGUCCUGAUCUAACCAAUAUCUGUAGACUUUGAAACAUAAUUUUGUUUCUUAAAAAUUCGUCGUUUUGGUCCCCAAUAUACAAUAGGUGUGAACGUUAUAUAAGAAUUCGUAAUAAUUUUAUUUUUUAAAGUGUAGCUUGAUAAAUGUUUAAUCUACAACGCUGAAACUAAUCGUCAGUUUCGGAAGAAUUGUCUCAGUUGUUGUCACUUCCUGUCAUGCGCGUUAACCGUUUUUUUUUUAAAUUCAAUGGUAUCCUAUGUUCUAUACUUGUUAACUGAAUAUCCCUACAUUUUUUUCUGUUGAUACUUUCUCUGACUUUGUCAAGUAUUGUGGACCAAUUAAAGUUAUGUAAAUUUCAAAAUGGCGGUCAGAUUUGACAUUUGUUUGUAUUACCGAAUAGUUUCUCUGACUGAAUGGAGGCUUGUUCAAAUAGCUACAAAAUGUAUGUUGAUUAUGACACUUAAGGUGUGCCCUCUAAAAUAUCGAAUAUCAUAAUUCGCAGACUGACGAAUACUUGUCAAAACAAAAGAUAUGACGUCAGAAUAUUAUGACGUCAGAAGGCUGGGAUAUUCUAAUGACGUUGAUACCUUUUUGGCAUGGUUAAAUAUUGAACUGAUUUUUCUGUUACGUUUUUAAUUUAAGAUCAACUUUAUUACAAUUUUACGGUCUGGUAUUAAAAUUUCUUUGGUAUUUUGGGAAAUGCCCCUUAUUUUAUGAUGUCAUGAUCAGCUCCAAAGGUGCAAUAUAACACAUCCGUACAUUGUACAGAUGUCCCAUACAAAAUGCAAUUAUUCUGUGAGAGAAAUGAAGGUUUUGUAUCAUAUCUUGAAGAUGGAUUGAGAUUUUGGUAGUUUGGCGAGAAACGUGUCUAUUUUGUCCAUACACUUAUUGUACAAACUGUAAAUUUUUAUAUCUCUGUACAUUGUAAAUUAGCUCUGGUGCCAAACAAAACUAGGUCAGUGUGACCUACUUUAUUAGCGUUGUAAUGAAAUGUAAAAUGAAGGAUACGUUGUACACAAUAGGUCGCAGUGACCUAUUUUAUGGACGUAAUGGCGUCUGUCUUUUUAGGUGUGUAGACCUAACAAAGAUCCUUUAAAUAAAUCAAAAAAUAUCCUAUUCAAUUUAGUUUCUUUUGUCUUUUAUGAAAUUUGCGAUUCGUGAAAUGUCCGUAUGAUGAUAGUCCGAGUUUCCUCUAGACCAAACACCAAACGUUAGACAUUUUGAUGGACGCUGUCUGGUACAUGAGCGUCAAAAUCUCUAAUGUUUAGUGGACAAGAGGAAACUCGGACUCGGGCUAGUUUGAUUCGAAGACUUAAAACGUCAAGUAUACGUAAACAAUAUUAAAUGGAUAAAAGGGGGAAAAUAUAUAGUUAUCUUGCAUUAUACGAUCAAUUCUCGAAAAUCAUAUUUUCAAAAUUUAGAUAUCGAACUUUCUUUGACACUUAACACAAAAAUAGUUCAAUUCGAAAAUGCAUGGACCUGGAAAACCCGAUAUAUCAGUGAAACAUCCUAAAUCGGGAUCAUAUUUGAAUAUAUAGCGUUGUACGGACAAAACUGACAAAAGACGCCAAGAUUGAAAAAUGUCAUUGUUUGAAAGGAGAAAGAAAUGAGAUGUGAGAUGAGAAUAUUUGGUGAGAGUUUUAUAGCGGGGAGAGUUGGAACGUUGUUUGAAGAAAAGAUCUGUUAGCAACAACACUUGCGCCAGUUAUUUUGUGUAAUUUUUUGGUGAUCAAUCAAAAUUUGUUUAUAACAUUUUCACCGAUAGAUAUUGUUUAAUUUGCAAUAUUACAAUUAUCAUGACAUUUGAAUAUGGUGAUAUUUGAGUAAGAUAUGUAUAAUUCUGAAUUAUUCAAACGUUCCAUGUUCAUACUUAUGCUUAAUGGAGGUUCAAAUGAGGAUUUGCACCUUCUAGCACUUGAAUUUUGUUAUUUUUAUCAAGAGAACGCAAUUUUCGAUCGGACGGAUUUACUUCAAUAAAUGUUCAUGCAAUAAAUUUAUUCUAUAUAUAUUGACUUCUUCGAAAAACAACUUUCCUCUUUUGGCAUACGCUAGUUAAACAUUGGUCAAUAUAUGACUAUAUAUGUAUAUAAUGUCUUUGACUUAAAAUUGGAUAUUUUCAAUUAUUUGGACUGUAUUUUACAAAAUAUCCAAAUCUUAAUUAUUUCAUUUUGCAUGCAUUUCUUAAUAAUUCGGAACUCAUCUUUUAAAAAAGAAAUCAUAAUAAGUAAAGAACGAAAAUAAAUACGCUAAACCUCUAAUUUAGACUUAUCUAGUGCCUGGUACAGUUGAAAGUACAAUCGCCAUCCUCUCUUCCUUGACGAUGUUGUACAUUUGUAUAUGUCGGCUACGGUACGGCGAUUCUAUUUGAAGCAUAAUAGCUUGAACCAUCUGUAAUCUGUAAUUUAAACAUUUGUCUUUAUUACUAUGGUGAUUAGUUAAAUGAUGUAAUUGUCAUGAAGUUAAAUUGUUAUAUUUCAUAAUAUCAUGUUACAUAAUCAAGGUUAUGCGAUGUAUCUUUCCUCAGCUAAAAGGUCUUUCAACAUUUAAUGCUAAAUUGGUUAUACAUAGACAGUAUUAGAGCUACCCGCCAUAUUUCUAGUAAAAGCGGACAGAAUUUUGACCGCUGGUCAGUUUAAUGAAUGACGCUGUUGUGUCAUUUCCUGUUGUUUUAAUUAUAUAUUAGCCAAUGCUAUUAAACGAUUAAUGGACUACUGUUUUUCUUCAAAUAUUUGAAGCUUUAUUGAUUCAAAUUGAGAAGACAAUGUGUUAUGCCGAGUGUCGUAAGCACUUCUUAUUCGUUUGUCCAUAUACAAACUGACAGUGACAGAACAAUUAAAAUGAUAAAAUAUUUUAA